AUGACUUCUGCAAAGCUAUCAGUCACCUUUGGGGUGAGCUCCUCUGUAUCUGAGUUUGAACAUUUAGACUUCGGUCUCGAACCUUACGCCACAGCUUUGAGAUUUCUCCUUCUCUCGAUCGCAUUUUUCUCCUUCGCCAUAACAGAUCUCGUCUCCCUCAACACAAAUCUCUCCUCUCUCUCGAUGUCUCUUUCUCGCAGAGAAAAGAACAGAAAAAUCCUCUCGCCAUCCAAUCUUAUCGCCAUCCUCGUCAUCCCGACAUCAUCACCCUAUCGCCUCUGUCAAAAUUCCUUGGCGUCUCGGCCAUCUUCCCCCAUCGAUCUCAACCCUCCACCGGCAAUCAUCGAGGAGCCACCUCCCCGCCGUGAACCAGUCGCGGCCCUCUUCCCUUCGCAGCAACUCCGCCGCUCCCCAGUUCAUGCAACGAUUUUCCGAAGACCGACCGCUAGCAGGCCCUUCAACGCCGCUUUUCUUCACGCGCCGCCAUCGCAGCAACUUCCGGUGAGCCUCUUCCACCCUGAGCAGGCCGCUUCCGACAAUCGCGAGCUCCUAUUGCCGGGCGUUGAACCACCAGCGACAAACCCCUCACGCAGCGAACCACUGUCGGGGAAAGCCCCUGUUGCCGGCGAAUCGCAGCGGACGAUUUCUGGCCACUCACGGCCGAGUUAUUAA